AUGGCUAAAAUAAAAUUUCGAGUAACUAGACAUAAAUUUCAAGAGAACUUGCGACAAGGUGGAAUUAUGAAAAUUAAUUCAUACAGAAGAGGGUCAAGACUUGUUUCAAAAUCGUUUGAAUUUACUAUAGAUGUUGUCAUUUGUGGGAAAAGAAACCCAAACAAUGUAAUUUUUGAAGAUUUUGCAAGGAAAAGAAUUGAACAGUUAUAUCAAUGUUUGGUUGAUAUUGGCUAUACAGCAGAAGAUAAAAGUAAGUGGAACCAGAAAACAUUUUAUUGUUUGUGUGACUCACCCAAAGAUUGUACUAGAUGUCAAAGAAAGUUGGAAUCCAUUAAAAUAAACAUACGUGUUGGGGUAUUAGGUCGAGGUGAGAAACAAGUCAAUAUUUACAAGAGUUGGAUUGAUGAAACAUUUGAUAUUUUAUUUAAUAAUUUUAGUGAAAUUUCCCAAAUGGAUGAGUUUGUUACUCCAACAAAGAAUGGGUAUUCUAAAAUGAAUACACUUGAUACUACUCAGAAAACAGUCAAUAAAACUAUAGUUGAUAUUAAAUCUUCAGGAUUUAGAGACAUUUUAAUACAAAGAAAAAAAUUGAAUGAAAAGCAUAUACUAUUUGACAAAAAAAAGGGAAUAGAUAGAAAGAAAAUGAUGGCAAUCAAUAAUCUUGGUCUUGGUUAA